CACAAGCAUUUCUCAUUGUAAAAAACCUUUAAAGUGUAAGUUUUUUGCACUCGUGGAAUUUGGUAGAUUAUUCUUAAUUGUGCAUAAAAUAUCAAUAAAAUGAUGUGAAAAUUUUGAGAUAAUUAUGCUGGCGAAAUAGACAAAUUUGAGCCUCAAUAUACCUAUACUAAAUACAUGAGAUACAGAAAAACCGAUAACCGAACUUAGCGGUCAGCAGAAUUCGCACAAGAGUAGCAAGAAGUCAACCAGACGGAGAUGUACGAAAUGUGCAGAAUAAUUUCUGCAGAUAUAUGGAUUUAAGGCGCUGUGAGAUAGCGAAGCGUUGUGAUUUCUGUUGAUCGGAAACUCGGUUUGUCAUGAAUAGUGCCACACCGAGAAAACCAGAAUCAACAACAAUCGCACCAAGGACAAAUACAAAACCAGCUCCACUGCCGUCACAGUCGUCGCCGCCAUCGUUGGUAGCCGCUUCAAACAUCGCCACGAAAGUCGUUGAAACUUCCAAAUUAUUUUGUACUACUUCCGGAAAUAGUAACCCCAACACGGAACGACCAACGCCACCACCAAGAACUGCGAAAUCAGCAAAAGCUUUGAAACUUGCAUCUGCUGCGGCGUCGGCUAGACAAACGCUAAUGAUAAAAAAUAUUGAAAACUUAUCAAGUCAUGCGAACGGCGACAACAAAGAUGAAGAAAAGGAAGAAAAAGAAAUUUGUUGUGGUCCCAACAGGAGAGAUUCCAUCACCGAGGACAUUGGAGCAGAACAGGUUAUUAAACUUAAACCCAUCAAAGAGGGCAGCGAAGAGAACAAAUCUAUUUAUACCAACGCCACUAAAAUAGAAGCAGCUGAAACAAAUUCAACUUCAAACAAUAAACCCGAAACUGUCUGUGGUGAUUCAAAUUUGUCACCCGCACCCGCACCCGCUAUACAAGAAGCGAAUCUUGAACGGGCAGCUGCGCAUGAAGAAACAGCCGCCCUCAUUGAUCUCAAUAAUUCCACAGAGGAUAUUGUUAAAACCACAUCAGCUACAUCUGGACCGGUUGAACGCCAACUCAGCGAAGUUGAAAAUACUGAAUUAGAUAAUCGAGACUCGGCAGCCGUAGCUACAGCGGACGACUUGUCCACAAAGGCGCCUAAUUCUGGUGAUAGUCCGCUUAGUCGAAACAACUCCAUUGGUUUGGGAAAGAGGAAACUAUCGAAAACACCAUCGUUUUCAAAAAUAUCCAGUAGCCUGCAAAGCUCGCUGGGAGCGCUUAGUGGCAGUCGCCCUGAUGAGGACACUAUCAGCAAAUCGAGCGAUACCUCGGGCGAGUUAGUGCGUGGUGUGGUUCAGGAUCCAACUUCUUCUGACAAGCCAAAGAGUGGCUCACGACUAUCGGAGCGCGCUAAAAAGAAAUCCUGGUACAAUGUAAUUUACCCGAAUUACAAAUCACGUGCGGAGGAUUUCAAGAAGCUAUUCAAGGAAGUGCCGAGCGACGAGCGUCUAAUUGUUGAUUACUCGUGCGCUCUGCAGCGUGACAUUCUUGUGCAGGGGCGUUUAUACGUGUCACAGAACUAUGUUUGUUUCCAUGCCAAUAUCUUCCGCUGGGAGACCUAUUUAACUAUUCGUUGGAAGGAUGUCACCUCGAUAACAAAGGAGAAAACCGCACUUGUUAUACCCAAUGCCAUUUCGAUUUGUACAACUAAAGAGAAGUACUUCUUCGCCACAUUCACAACACGGGACAAAGCGUUUUUAAUGCUCUUUCGAGUAUGGCAAAAUACGUUAAUGAACAAGCAAAUGCUGCCGCAAGAAAUAUGGCAAUGGGUGCAUAAUUGUUAUGGCGAUGAACUCGGUUUAACCACAGAUGAUGAAGAUUAUAUAGAUCCGACCAGCGUACCAGCGGAGAGCGAAGGUGAUAUUGAUUUCGGAUCAGCCUUAGAAGACACAAAUUCGAUUGUUAGCUCCACAUUCGGCAGCAACUACAGCACAGCCAAUUCAAUACCAAUCGCCAACAAUAGCGGCGGCAAUAGCUCUAGCACAAGUAGUGGCGGCGGUGGUAAGCCCAGAACGAAAUCAUACUUUUUCGGUUCGAAUAAAUCGGUUGUGAACUUUUCGAACACAACCUCAACCAGCGGUUCCGAUAAUAAAACAAGUGAUAAUAACAGCGGUGAACGCGAGCCAAAGUGCAUCAUGAAUGCCAAAGAAUUGACACUGACAUCGGUGAAGCCGGAAGAAGAAGCGGGCAAGUGCAAGGUAAACAGUUCUGCCAAUGAAAGUGGUAGUGGUGGGGUUAGUGGCUCCAGUAGAGAAACAAAAAGUUCAACUCUUAAAGCAUCUUCGCAUGACAUGAAACGCAAAGUGAAUAAAAGCACGCGAGAACGCGAUGAGGCGGCCAGCAAUAAUCAAACAAAUCUGCCCACAGACGCCUCCGUUUCGAGUGAUUCGGAGGAUAAUAAAGCACCAUUUGUUGCGACUGCUGAAUGCACAUCAGCCCAUGAAGGCCGUCAAUUAGUUCACACAAUACUUCCCAUCAAUGUAGAUACGUUGUUCAACAUGCUUUUCUCCAAGUCUAAGUUCUUGGUGGAGUUCCAUGCUAUGCGCAAAACUGAAAAUAUGUUUUUCGGCGAAUGGCUAACUAACGAGGAGGGUAAGAAGACGCGCGCGUUUGGCUUGACCGUGCAGUUAUUAGCUUCCGUUGGUCCAAAAGUGUCCAAGGUGACUGAGACGCAAGAAAUGCGGGAAUGUAGCAAACCAGGCGAACUGUAUUCCAUAGACGUAAUUAGUGUUAAUGCUGGAAUUCCAUAUGCUGAUAGUUUUAGUGUUUUAUUGCAUUACUGUUUAGUAAGAACCAUUGAUGACCAUACAAUGCUGUCUGUGCACGCUCAAAUUAAAUUCAAAAAGUCCAUUUGGGGUGUCGUCAAAGGUUUUAUAGAGAAAAAUACUUGGGCUGGCAUGGAAGAAUACUUUGGCGCAAUGCUGCAAGCUUUACAAAGUGAAACCUGCAUUCCACCCUCCAAGGCAAAAGGACGUCGCCCACGCCGGGGUACUACGGCCCAAGUGCGUCCCACGGAGGAUGUACCGGAAAUACAAACCAAAACAGAACCCGUUGAAGUUGCAAUGACCACCAGCCGUCGUCACGUGCAACGCCUGCCAGUUGCCGUAACACAGCAGCCCUCAAUCGAUGCCGAGCCGCAAAACAAACACAAAUGGCUGUCGGUGUUGGUCAUUGGUUUGCUGUGCUUCUUGAUCGGCUUGAAUGUGAUACUCUUAAUAAAGCUUUGGGCGUUGGAGGAGCGCAUUGAUGACGAUAUAAUCAAUCGAGCGCGUUUGCCUAAUUUAACCACAUUGAAAGAGCUGCCCAAUUCGAACGAAGAGUGGAUGGAGCUAUUGCGCCAGCAGGAAAUCCUACAUGAAACGGAGUUAAAGAAAUGGCACAAAGUACUGCAAACUGCCAUUGAAUUGUUAAAAAAGGUGAGCGUUGUGUGCGAAUUUAUUUACAAAAACGACAAGCUAACACAACAAAUCGAACAAAUUCACGCGGAGCUAUAGAUUUAAGCUCUUGCUAGAAUGGAAUGGUCAUUACUCCCACUGCUGUGGAAAUGAACUGCACAUUAAUAAAUUGCAUCUUUUUAUAUAAAAAUUUUCAAAACUAAAACAUUACGCAUCUAACAUUUUGUAUUUUAAAAGCAGAACAAAGCAGUGAAUGUCGCUGUCGUCAAUUGCUGAGCUUCGAAGAAAUUUUCAUUAAAGCAAUUUGUGAAAAAAUGUAAAUGAAAUAAUGAAAAUCCUUUAAAAACGCAUUGAUAUAAAACAAAACUCAAAGGCUUGCCGUUAUUAAGCAAAUACCGGAGAUCUGAUUAUUUCUGACUGUCAUUCUAAUAUUUAAUAAUUGAAAAGAUUCCUUUUUUUUGAUUUGUUUUUGUAAGAAUAAUUAUUUAUUUUAAGCAUGUAAGCUCUGAAAAGUGCAUGAAUUUAAGUUCCAUGAAGUUCUUAGAAUAUUAGCAAUUGCAUGAUUAUUGUGUGAAUAUCUCAUAAACUUAAGAAACAAAAGCACCGCAAAGUUCGUCAAAUGUUUUCUAUUAAAAAUUAACUUCCAGCUAGUUUUAUACGGAUGGAUUGUGUAGCUGUUUGCAUGUUUCUUUGUAUGUAUGCAUGUAUGAGCAUGUGUUCUUGUGCGGGGCUCAGACGGCAGCGUUAAAUUGAAUUGAAUUGAAUUGAAUUUAGGUAGGUAGGUUAGAUGGCAAGAGCACGACGGGUGUACUACAAGUACCACUAGAAUGCCGUUCGAUAUCAUAAUGUAGACCACUUCUUGUGAAAAAUUACAAAUGUGAUGUAGUGGAAGAGCGAAAAGGGAUCUAGGCUGGAGAACUGCCUCAGGCUAUCCCCAAAAGGCACACUACGGAAGCUCAAGUGCCUAACUGCCAGGCCCGAACAUUUACAUUUCUGCAAUGGGGGGUUGUACGGAAGUCCAAGCUUCUCUGCAUGAGUUAGAACACCAUUGAGCACUGCUUUGAGUUUGGAAAUUGAAUGGUGCGGGAUCCGCAGCACUUUAAGCGUCCUGCUUCCGUCGUACUGAGGGCAAAGUGUUGGAACUCCAUCUCACUUGCGAUUUUUUAAGUGUUAAACCCGCGAAAUUUGAGUGAAUUUAAACAGAAUUUACCAAUUCCAGUUUGACAACGU